ACAGCCAGAAAAAGGCUUUUAGGACAGAUCUCCGGAGUCACCAGGGCACGCCUCCUCUGCCCUAGAUCCUCCAGCAGUUUGACCUUUUUGUGAAUGGCACUUUGGGUCUCAAAACGAAAACCACUCCCUGUGGUUCCCGCACCUUCCUCAACAGGGCAAGAGGACCUGUUUCAGGCCAGGCGAGGGAGCGGUUGUUUCUGUGGCUGGGGGCCUGUGGGCAGGUGACAGAAGGAGGAGGUGGAGGCCGCGCAGGGCCCGCCCCCGCCGCGCUUUCCUACACGGGAAGUGAUGUGGGGCCGGACGGAAAAAAAAAAACCGCCAACCACCCUAAAAAGGCCAGUCGCUUGGGGUCCCAAGCUCCGUUUGGAAGGCAGUCCGAAGAGACUGACCAUCACCAGGACGCAAUACCGGACCUAGCACUGCAGGGGCGCAACACUCGGGGACAGCACAGAGACAGAGCACCAAACCAGGUGAAGCACAGAGUUCUUCAUCAUGUCGGAUGGGGAUUAUGAUUAUCUCAUCAAGUUUUUGGCCUUGGGAGACUCUGGAGUGGGGAAGACCAGUGUGCUUUACCAGUAUACAGAUGGGAAAUUCAACUCCAAAUUCAUCACCACUGUGGGCAUUGAUUUCAGGGAAAAGAGAGUGGUGUACAGAGCUAAUGGACCAGAUGGAGCUGUGGGCCGAGGCCAGAGAAUCCACCUGCAGCUAUGGGACACGGCGGGGCAGGAGAGGUUUCGCAGCUUGACCACUGCGUUCUUCAGGGAUGCUAUGGGUUUCCUGCUACUAUUUGACCUGACGAAUGAGCAAAGUUUCCUCAAUGUCCGAAACUGGAUAAGCCAGCUGCAAAUGCAUGCGUACUGUGAAAACCCAGAUAUAGUGCUGUGUGGAAAUAAGAGUGACCUGGAAGACCAGAGGGCAGUGAAAGAGGAGGAAGCCAGGGAACUCGCAGAGAAAUAUGGAAUCCCCUACUUUGAAACCAGUGCUGCCAACGGGACGAACAUAAGUCAAGCAAUUGAGAUGCUCCUGGACCUGAUAAUGAAGCGGAUGGAACGGUGUGUGGACAAGUCCUGGAUUCCAGAAGGUGUGGUGCGAUCCAAUGGCCAUACCUCUGCAGAUCAGCUCAGUGAGGAAAAGGAGAAGGGCAUAUGUGGCUGUUGAGACGCCAGUCGCAUGGCGGCGGCACAAGGGUCCUGCGUGUGAGCUGUGCAGUAGAGAUCCAACCGGCACACUGAGAUGAACAACAACGUAUUGAAUGCCAAUUGCUUCUCCUCAUCUCCAAUAGACAUUAACUCAGCAUCCACUUGUAACUUGUUGCAGCUUUAUAUAACCAGGAAUUGGGAGAACUAUCUCACAGAGCCAAAAGUGCCUUGUAAAGCCUAAGCCCAUGGUGGCAGGUCAUUCGGGGAUUCAAGAUUUUGCACCCAGGAAAUGUUGCAUCUGUUAUGUAGAAUGUUGAUGGCACUUUCUUUGAGCAAUGAAAGGCUACCAAUGUCUUGAGAAUCCAGGUUUUAAAAUCUAUACCAUAGUUGACCUUCUAGAACAUCACUCACAAACACUUGAAUGCUAGUAUCAUGCACACAUGGGAUCAAUGUCUCUCAGCAUUACCUUUAAUUUAAUCCUCCCCUUUGACAGAUUGUGUCAUUAAAAUACAGCCACAUCUAUAGCCUGAGCAGACUGGGUUGGCUAUGGCUUUAGUGGUGGUGGGAAGGGUUUGUAGGGCAGGGGUGAGUGAAGUAAUGAAAGCAAGAGAAGUCAGAUUUUACUGACCCUUGGCUUCAGGGUCAUGGGGACCUGGGUGUUCACGAGUGGCCUGUAGGUUCAGUCCACGUUUGAGCGAGCACAGUGUGUGCUUCUGCUGUGUUCGGUAAAAAGAUUUUCUCUUUUUUGUUUUCCUUCAUAUUUAUGUUUUUUUUUUUUUUUCCUGAGACCUUCAGGCUGCAGUUUCAAUUCCUUUGUAGACUACUAAUCUGACUUUACCAUCAGCCUGGGUGUGAUUGCUAUUUCUUAUUUUGUUUUCUCUCCCAUUAGUGUAACUAAAGGACUCUCUCUUUAAUUCAACCUAUUUGCUACCUGGAGGGAGAACAAUGUCUGUAGUUAAGCAGUCACAUUUGUAUGUUAGCUUAAGAAAAGUGUUUUCUAGCCUGUACUUUCACUGGGGAUGUGGGCAUUUUAUGUAUUUACAGUAUCUUGCCAAGAUCAUGUGUUGCACCCCAUUGUCUCAGUAUCUUCAUGCCCAGAAAGGGUGGUUUAAAAUGUUCUUUGUAGAAUCUAGUUCUUCAGACUUAAGGUAUCAUUCAGAACGAAAUUCUUUUAAAAUGGCUUAAAGAAAGUAAACCAAAAUUUCCAAAGAACUUCACCAAGAAAAAAAAAUCACCAUUUAUAGUUUUUUGUUUUGUUUUGAGACAGGGUUUCUGUGUAGUUUUGGAGCCUGCCCUGGAACUAGCUCUCGUAGACCAGGCUGGCCUUGAACUCACAGAGAUCUGCCUGCCCCUGCCUUCCAAGUUCUGGGACUAAAGAUGUGCACCACCACCAAUUAUAAUUUUAAAAAGUAAAAACUGUGGGUUUUUUUUUUUUUUUUUUUUUUUACAGUAAAUGUUUGGCAGAAAUUGUAAUUAGGAAAACAAAUAUAAAGGAAAAAUAAGUAGUUGGCAUGGUAAUUCUGAAGAGUUUUUUUUGUUUGUUUUUAGACAGGGUCUCACUAUGUAGCCCUAGCUGGCCUGGAAUUCCCUUUUUAGACCAGGCUGACCUUGAACUCACAGAGGUCUGUCAGUAUCAGCCUCCCAAGUGCUCAGGUUAAAGGAAGAGCCAUCAUACCCAACUCUUAAAGUCCUUUUAAAAUUCAACAUCUAUCAUUUAUUGCCACUGCCCUUUGAUCCCCUCCCCAGGAAAAUAAGCCUUGGCUACUAAGCUUUUUCUGCCAUUGAAGUGAGUGAUUCUUUGACACACCAAGGCUGUCUUUUAAGGCUUUUUGUACCUGAACAUUCUAUGUCUGUGGUUUUUUUUUUUUUUUUUUAAGGCGGGGUGGGGUGGGAGGAUGGGGCAUACACAGUAGUGCCUUCCAAAGUUGUUCUAAGACUUCAGUGGAGUUUAUCAUCUAUCAAGGCACAUUUUCAAUGUCUCUUUUGUAAAUAAUAAGUUAAUGUCAGCCAGGCGCUGGUAGCAUACACCUUUAAUCCCAGCACUCAGGAGGCAGAGGCAGAGGCAGAGGCAGGUGGAUCUCUGAGAGUUCAAGGCCAGCCUGGUCUACAGAGUGAGUUCCAGGAUGGGCUCCAAAGCUACACAGAGAAACUCUGUCAUCGCGAAACAACAACAGAAAUGUUUGCAUAGUGCCUGCCACUUUCAAGAAGGAGACCCACAGCUAGAGUCAGGUCUUGUGGGCUCCAAAACUGCACAGGGUUAAAUGUGUGUGAUAGACACCCACACAAGAACUGCCUUGAUAGGUUGAAAAACAA